GAUUUGUUCAAGAUAGUUUGUCAUGAUCAGCUGAGAAACACCAACGCGUUUAAGUUUAAGUUUAAUUGGAAAAAAUCUCGACCAGAUUUUAUCUAGAUCUAAAUUUAAUAAUAAAUAAAAAAACACACGUCUAGAUAUGUGGCACUCUAUGUUGCCGAUACUGAAAACUGUAUUUGUGUGUUUGUGUUUGAUUCUAAGUAUUUACACAGUAGCAGACGGCAAGAUUGGGCCUACUGAAAGAGUAUGGAGAAGCAUGAAUGGCAGCACAAAUUUCAACUUGUCAGAAGUCACUAACAUAUGCGAAUCAUUUUAUCUAGAGUAUAUUAAAGCAGUCAACAAUUUCACUCAUUGUGAGCUGAGAAAUGCUCAGCCAUUUAGACUCUGUGAAAAGUGCAUUGAACAUUAUGAAGUUGCGUCAAGUAUUUAUAAGGAUUUGCUGACUUAUUCAUUUUUGGAAGACUGCCGUAGGCAAUAUUUAGAAUCUGACAGUAUUCAAAUUAUUCCAACUAUUCAAUCUAACAUGGAUACCAUUUGGAUGAAUUCAGCUUGUGAUGGUUAUGCUGAGAACGUCACUCUGAAUGCGACAACAGGAUGUGUGACCUACUCAGUCUACCCAGACGUGGCACACUUUUUGAUACUUUAUCACAACCUUACACUGUGCAUGAACCAGACGGACAAGAUAGAUGAAGGCUAUGUAGCUACCAAUGCAAGUGUUUGCAAUGCUUGUCAAGAUAUGUACAGUAAGUUGAACAGCUACUUCAACCACAUGUCACCACACAUUUCAAGCAGUGGGGACAAGGAUGACAGCAGUAACAGCAACAUCAUUUGUAUGGAUGUAGUGGACAGGAUGAACCACACUCGCUUUUAUUGGAGCGAAAAACUGAACUGUAGCAAGCGUAGCAGUGAUGUCACGCCAGUAGUGGCUAUAACAUGUAUUGUGGCCAUUACUCCAAUGCUCUUUUACACAUUGUCCAGAAUAACUGGCCGGGAAGGGUUUAAAAAAUUAUAUCAACAAAAGCGCCUGCUAUUAUCUCAAACACUGAAUGUAUCGUCAUCACAAGAGAACUCAGAGGAUGGUCCCAUUCAAAGGCUUGGACAAAGACUGUCAUCCCUCACCCGGUGAAGUUCUGGUCUGAGAUCAAUGACAGAGCUGUGAUAGUAGGCAAUCAUUCCGACACCACAAUUGCCUAGAAAGGUGAUGGUCCAUUCAAGAAGCUUCUUGUUAAUAUUUUAAAUUUUCUGCACUUCUAAAUUUCUUUGUCAUUCAUUUGUAUAGAUCCUAUUUCUUUUUAAAAGUCCAUUUUUAUAUCUUGUAAUUAUAUUGUAUAAUAUAUAAUAAAUGUUGAUGUGUGAGUGUGUGAAUGCGUGUAUGUGUGUUAAAAAGAAAAAAAAAUUACUGAUAUCACCUCUGACUUAUCAGCUUAUCAUAAUGUGUAUGUCAGAUUAUCAUCAUAUAUUGAAAAGCCUAGUCUCUAGUCAUUUUUGUUGUAUGUGGUCUUCCUGUUACAUUUUACUAGCCAGCCUGUUCUCUUACAAGCCUGAAUGGGCUUUGCUAGGAAACGACAGUAUCUAAGCUUUUUUUUUUAUAUAUUGUUAUUGUUAAAUUUGUUAACCUGUUUUCAUAUAAAACUGAUCCCAUAUUCAAUGACUUAUUGAAUGAUUAGUUUUUGUUACAUGUUGAAAGUUCAGCAUUUCCUGUUUGUUGCAUUUCUACACAUUUUUGUAAAUGUUUGGACAAAAAGGAUUGUAGAUUUUCUUACUUUUUAAAAAUUGUUUUCUCACUGCUUUUGAUUAAAUUUUGUCAUUAUUUUGUAACUAUUUAUGAAAUUCGACACAUGAAAUUUAUAAAAAAUUGCUUUUUCUCCCUAUGAAAGUUUGUUGGAUUGUACCUGGUUAAUUUGUAUUGAAAUUGUGUGUCUCCAGUAGGAAGCAAAGAGAAAGUUGUUUACCAUAGACAUAAAUAAAGACUGGCCGAUAAAAGAGUUUUAUGAAAUGAAAAUUUGUGACUUGCAAUUUUGUGUAUUUUAUUAUACAGCAGUGUAGUUUUGUUUAGUCUCUAAGACUGAAGAUCAUGCAACUUUUCAGAAUUCGGAAAUCGACAACAAUAGAUGUACAUGUUUUCAAGUUACUUGAAGUUACUUCCUUUGGCCAGUCUAUAUUUAUUUAUGUCUAUGUUGUUUACUUAUAUUAUUUGUACUACAGUUGAGCAGUCUAGCAAAUUAAUUUUUUUCAUCUGAAGUUGAACUGUGUUUAGCUUCUUUGACAUUACGUUUUGAAGUUGAAUUGUGUUUGGCUUCUGUGACAUUACGUUUUGUAGUUAAACUGUGUUUGGCUUCUGUGACAUUACGUUUUGAAGUUGAACUGUGGUUGGCUUCUGUGACAUUACGUUUUGAGAGAUGAUCUUAUUAUCUUAUGGGAAUAAUCCAUGAGGCACAAGAUGUGCAAUUAUGUUCCUCAGAUCCUGCAAAGUUUCAGCCUUUAUUUCUUGCUCUUGGAGUGUUCCCAACCCAGGAUCUGUCUUUAAUGCUCUACAUGUUGGCCCUAACCGGAGAUUUGUUCCCCUUGAACUGUUGAUGUCAAUCUUGAUGUUUUUCAAUAUAUUGUUACGUAUCUCUUCUACUUGUGUUGAGCACCUUGCUGUACGGAAGUGAAACAUGGUCAACCUACUCAUGGCAGGAAAAAAAGCUGAAUGUCUUCCACCUCCGAUGCCUAAGGCGGAUCUUUAAAAUAAGGUGGCAAGAUAAGAUAACCAAUGAGGAAGUGCUACAUAGAGCAGGAUGCCAGGACAUCCGCUCUGUUAUCAGCAGCAGACGCCUUGGCUGGCUUGGCCACGUUCGUAGAAUGCCAGUAGGUCGACUUCCACAGGACAUCCUGUAUGGCGAUCUAAUAGAAGGCAGGAGAGCCGCUGGUCGCCCACUUUUACGUUAUGCGGAUGUAUGCAAACGCGACAUGAAGCUCUUCAAAAUCGACACUGGCAACUGGGAAGAGGUGGCACUGGACAGAUCCACAUGGAGAGAGAGCAUAAAGAAAGGGUCACAGAUUGCAGAUGUCAUACACAACAGAAGCAGAAAGAAGGGUGAAGAUGCAACGGCGCCUGGUGAUUAUAUAUGCCCAACCUGCGAUCGCAGCUGUGUAUCAAGGAUUGGCCUCUUUAGUCACACAAGAAGUUGCAAAGGGAAAAGAUCGUCUCUCGAGACGUAAAAUGCCACAGACAGAUCUCUCCUACUAUCCAGGCUCUCUUCAAACUGCACCACACGACACAACGAACUUAAAGAACCUCACAACUCAGGGCUCCAAAGUAACAGUAGCAAUUUAAUUUCAAAUACAUUACAAAUACUGUACAGUUGGCAACAAUAUCACAUUAACUGUCCAAAAACCUCGCCUUGCUCCGUCUGACUUCACACACCGUCUGUCUCUAACUUCGCCUCGUACUGGUCACAUUGCGAGGUAACGUGAAGUCCAGUCUUUCUGACACACUCGCUCUUAUAUAGUGUCUCUACUGGCCUUCUAGAAUCGGAUGGAACGUUCUUGACCACUCAGAAUGAUCACAAUCGCCGUGACUUGCGUGCGUAAUAUUUACACACAGGUCGUUGCCGAACUGGCGUGUACUGUCACUGGUCACAGUUGACCGCUCGUCCUGCGCUGGACUGGGGCGAUUUGCGUAGGCUAAAAACACAGCGUACGACCAUUUGUGUCACCACCAGGUUUACAACAAUAUCUUAGUAGUGGGGUGGGGGCGCAGUGGCAGAGGGGUAAACGGCUUGGCUUCCGAACCAAGCGGUCCCAGACUGUGAAGACUGGAAUUUUUAACUUAAGGGAUUUUGAAGGACACCUCUGAGUCCAGCCAACUCUAAUGGGUACCUGACUUUAGUUGUGGAAAGUAAAGUGGUUGGUCGUUGUGCUAUCCACUUGAUACUCUCCUUAACCGUCAACCAUAGAAAUAGUGACCUUUACAUCAACUGCCCUAUAGAUCGCAAGGUCAUAUGGGAACUUUUCAUCUUUGUAGUGGGCAGCCUUCAGUUCUCCUGCAUUCAUUAAAUCUUGCAACAUGUCUGUGGAAAUCUGCUUUGUAGCAUGCAUGCACAUAUCCAAGCAAUGUCUGCUACCGAUGGUGCAAAUGUCUUGGGGAUGUUAUCUUGCCACUGUGUUUUCAGAAUGUAGUUUAGACAUUGGCUUAAUUCUAAAA